AUGGUGGGCAACUGUACAUCGAGGCAUACUUGUCGGAUCUGCCGCCGCAAGCAUCAUACUUUGGUUCAUGGCUCGUCGCAGCCAAUUCAAAAUGGCAACAACAUUGACACGGCAAGUGUUGGCAGCCGCGAUCGACCAGCAGUCUCACAUGCGGGAUCUACAAUUGGCCACAAUCAACCGCUAGCUCGAGAAGGUCAUCGCUUGGGAAGCGAGACUCCCGCGGAAAACAACUUUACGCAUCAUACUCUGGAGAAUAUUCCGGCGGCUGGUUCUCAGACUCUGUUGCCAACCAUCCUUGCUGACGUCAUCGACGCCUGGGGAAAUACUACAACCUGCAGGCUGCUCCUGGACACUGGAUCUACAAUAACCUUGGCAUCGGAAUCAUUUGUUCAGCGAAUAGGCGUGCGUCGAACGCACGCACGGAUUUCUAUUCUCGGUCUCGCCGCCAACAGCGCGGGCGUUACCCGAGGACGCGCACAUAUCAAGCUGCGCUCUCGUCAUUCGAUCCAAACUGUCGAAUUGGUCUCGUUCAUUCUCAACUCGCUGACGUCAUCACUUCCUGCCCAAGUUAUUGACACCUCAUCCUCUACGUGGAGGCAAAUCUGCGAGCUUCCAUUGGCAGACCCAACGUUCUGCACACCUGGAGCAAUCGAUGUCAUUGUUGGAUCGGAUCAACUUUGGUCUCUAUACACAGGAGAUCGGAAACACUUUGGCUCUUACUCUGCAUUCGAUGAUCACCCUACUUCUGCGGUUACUCAUCACGCGGACCUAGACACGAUGGUUCGUUCAUUCAUGGAGAUGGACAGCACUCAGCCUAACCAGGCUCUCCUGGACGCCAGCGAUCCCACAGAGCGUCAUUUUGCUGCCACACACAAGCGCUCAACGGACGGGGUGUACGUCGUCGGGUAUCCCUUCAAGGAGAAGGCACCGCCUAUUGAUUCGACCUUGCCACAGGCCAUCAAUCGCUUCUUCUCGCUGAAACGCAAAUUCCGUCGGCAUCCAGAAUUGAAGCAGCAGUACGAAGCCUUCCUGGACGACUACUUGCAACGUGGACAUAUGGAACAACUGACCUCGGCUCAGGUUGAGGAGUCCCCAGACACCUGCUUCUAUUUGCCGCACCACGCUGUCAUCAAACUGGACAGUCUGACUACCAAAUGUCGUGUAGUUUUUGAUGGAUCAGGAAAGGACAGCUCUGGAGUAUCGCUCAAUGACAGACUACAUAUUGGUCCACCGAUUUAA